AUGAAAAACAACCCUGACUUAGAGAAAGACUAUAUAUUUAAUAAUUUAGUCAAAAGAGACAAACAAGAAAGAAUGCCGGGCUUCAAACUUCAGAAAGGUGACAAAGUAAAAAUAGAAAUACCUAAACGCGACCCAUAUGAAAAUACUAUUGACUAUGACAACAAUGGGAACUCGACAGGUACUCACAUUCGUGUUCGUAAAAAUAGAAGAAAGUAUACAAGAGAAUAUUAUGAAGUUUUAGGCAAACAUGGCAAAAUGUACACACUGCAAGCAGAAGAUAAAACUACUAUUGUCAGACCUCGUUUCAAACUUGUCAAAGUUCAAGGUGGUAUACUUUCAAAGACAGUUCCUAACAAAUAUAAGACAACUCCUGACGAAUAUGCUAAAGAAGUUGAAAAUGACGACUAA